AUGGUUUCUCUUGCGCACAAGUUCGUCACGGCGCCGCAGGCGAGCGCUCAGGGCUUCUGCAACGUCGUCAAGCUCGGCACGUUUUGCCGCACCGUGGUAUGGCCGUGCCUGCCGCCGCUCCUGAUGUACCAGUACAUCCGUGGGACCGAUGUCGACAUGUACGCCACGGAGGUGCUCUACUACAAGUCGGGCUCCAAGGACCACAAGGCAUUCUACGACUCGGGCCGCGCAGGCAUCUCCGGCCACUGGAGGGUCCAGCAGGACAUGGAAGCCAUCCGCGCGGCGGCGAACCCAGAGUGA